CGUUGCCGCUUGAUUAUAGGACCAUCAACACUGUUUUUCCUCUUCACAGUCGUAUAUUUACUCGGGGUGGCAGCGUUUGCUACAACAUCCUCUAAAAUAUCCUUCGAAGAGACCUUUUCCGUGAUACUUUGAACAUACUGGACGUUCAGUGAAGCGAGCGACGGGUCCGGAGAUGCUGUAUCGACAACUCGGUCAAGCUGAGGGUCUGCACGGAGGGAUGCAAGAACACGCAGGAUGCUAUGUUUGCCUACAUCGACACGGCGACUAGGGAGGGCAUCAAGAAGCUCUUGGAUGUCGUUUGGAAGGCCAAGGGUAGCCGCUUUCGGCGCAGGAGCAAUAGGAUCGAGAGGAAACAAACGUUCUACAGUUGGUCCCGCUUCAUUAGUGUCCGUCUUUUCGUUAUUAGUCUUAAGCAAUGCAAUGUGUCAAACAGAAUUCUGUUAUGAGCACGACACACUCACAUCGCUACCACCCGGAGGUAUAUCUAACUCGGAAGGGGUCCGUAACUUCUGUACACCCUGCAAUGGCUCAAUCUCCUGGGACUCACACGUUCGGGCUGCAAACUCGCAAGUAUGUCGCAAACUUCCGACUCUGCAAGGGGUUCCUCAGCGGUUCCGUCCAAGCUUACGCUCAGGAAUACCCAGAUAAGACUCCCAUCCGCGAGCUUCAAUGCAAAAAGCAGAACAGGGGCGGAAGAGCCAACCGAGGAAAUGCAGAAUACAGUCUUGUACUCGUGCUUCAGCCAAGCCAAGGUAUCUUCCCUACUCUCGGAGACGUGCGCCAGGCAUUUAAAUGUACUAGGAGUAUAAUAGAACGGCUCCACGUUCAGACCAUCCGAGAAAGAAACGCGGACAGCCGUUUGCGCAGCCCAUUCCGGCUUCGUCCCCGGAAAGACAAAGAGAUCAGCCAGAGAACGAGGUUCGGAAAAGACAUGAGCAAGGCACAGAGCCAUAAGGCUUGUUGUGGAGAAACGAUUUUGGAAUCGUGCCUCCGAAGACAGGUAGAAAUCCACAUCCGAGACGGACUUGCUUUGCUUCAGGAAUCGGCGAGCACCAGCGACUAAGCAGAUCGGCUCGUCUACCACUAUCUGCUGUAUAUCUUUGUCGACGAAUCUACUUAAGGUUAGUGAUACAGUGUCGACUCUAUCAACUCUAAAGACCAAACGAUGAUCGACAGUUACGAGGUAAUUGACGAGCGAAUCGUAGACAUGUCGAUAGUAGUCGUUUUU